AUGGCGGACAAAGUGGAGAGUCUUAUCAAAGGUCGAGAAAUUCGGCGAAAUGCGGGAAACUUGAUGUCUAAACUCAUUGAAGAUGAGCAAGACGUCGACGAAUUCUAUAAAACAGCUUUUGGAGGGUUCGAAGAAGAGUCGGGAGAUGAAAAAUACGAAACAGAAGACGAAGAAGUUGAUGUUGUUGAUUCUGAUUUCAGCUUAUCUGAGACGGACGAAGUAAUUGAUGACCAGGGAGAUGACGAACCUAAACGAAAGAGAAAAAAGCAGAUAAUCAAGCCUUAUAAAGCUCCAAAGAAAGAAUCAGACUCGUCAAAGACCGCGAAUAAGGAUUCGGAAGUGAAAAAACGGAGAGUGUUUGAAGAAGAACCUCGCGAGGGAGUUAGAAAGUCAACCCGUGCGUUAACAGUGGAGCGUGCUCAGGCCACAAAGAAUCGUUUCAAACAAGAAAAAGAGAAGAAAACGCUGUUGAAACAAAACCAACCGAAAAAGUUUGUGAACAUGAGGCGCCUGACUCAAGAGGAACUCCUGGCGGAAGCCAAAAUAACAGAGGAAGAAAAUGUUGCUUCCCUACAAGCCUAUCAACAGUUGGAAGCGGACAAGAAGAAGACCAAAAUACAGAAAGUAGCUUUCAAAGGUCCUGUUAUCCGCUUCCACUCGCUGUCAAUGCCAGUCUUGGAAGUUACAGAACCAGUGGUGAAAGUUGAUGACAAUGAGGAUGAUGAAGUUAAUGUAGAUGCAACCAAGCGAUGCUGCAGAAAUUUUCUAAUUUUUACUGAUGCAAAGAAUUUUCCUGCUGCAUAUUUCCCAACCAAAAAACCUAAAGUUCCUCACAAGACUUAUUGUCCUGUCACAGGAUUACCAGCCAGAUAUCACGAUCCUAUAACAGGCCUACCUUAUGCCAAUGCACAUGCAUUCAGAUACAUAAGAGAACGGUAUGCUCUACAGGCUGAAGAAAUGAAAGCAAAAGCAUCAGAAAUUGAACAAAGGCGUAGUCGGAAACCUCAGUAA